CAGCUGGGUUACUAGGACCUGACACGGACCUGCAGGUUCUGUAUAACGUCGGGGGAGGACUUGAAGCACAAAGCCAGUUCAGUCAUCCCAAGGAACAGAGAGCUGCAAAACUCCAAGAGGAGCCUCCUGCCACGGUUUUGUCAGCUAGCGAUUGCUUCUGAGCUCUCAGCAUGCAGCUCUCUCACAAACUGGACCAGACACUCCAUAUGCUCAGACAGGAAGUCAGGACGAUGAGUCAAGAAAAGGAGCGAGAAGAGCAUGUUUGGAGGGAGAGGCUGCAUCGCUGCCAGAGGCAACUGAAGGCCAAAGAUGAGGAGAUCAGUCGUCAAGCCCAGUAUUUUGAGAACUUUAAAAUCAAGCUCCAGCAGAAGCUCAACCUGGCCCAAGACAGAGAGCAGAGUCUGCAGAAUCGUAUCUACAGUUUAGAAAAGCAGUUACUGGAUGUGACUGUUAGCUGUGCUACAGGAAUGGCAACAAUCACAGCUGUCAGAAUUACAUCUGGGACUGUAAAACCCAUGAAUGAACCAGACAAGUUACCGUCUAUGAGAGGAGAGGGGGAAGGAGAGGAGGAAAACAAGGAAGGGAGGAAGAAACAGUGGAAGCCAAAUGUGGGACCGUUGAGUAAAGAAGGGACAAAGGUUGAUGAGAGUCAGACAGACUCAGUCAUAGAGGGAGGACACGACAAGGAAACAAAACCUACUUCAAAGGAGGCCAGACUGCAAAGCUUCAUUAUUAGCCUCCAGGAGGAUCUCAAGGUACUGCUGGAGAGAGAGGAGGAUGGGAUGACUGAGCGGAGGAAACUGUUGGAGGAGCUGCAGGAGGCCCAGGAGAACAGCCACUUUCUGGGCUGCACAGUGGAGGAGUUGAAGUCAGAACUGCAUCUACUAAGACAGUCAGAGAGCUCCAUGAUGAAGGAGGUGGAAGACCUGAGAAAGGAGAACCAGAGUCUCCAGGAGAUUCUCAGGGAUGCAGCUAAUUCCACACCUCUGCCGUCAUCUCUAAAACCUGAGGCAACAUGUACCGUUCCUGUAGUGAACUUGCCACGCUGCUGCCCGGACACACCGGUCAACCCUCUGUCAUUGGGGAUGGCACUUGGACAAUCUUCAACAGGAAGCCUAGUAGGAGAGGUGCAGUCACAUGGAGUUCCUGUGUCACAUCUGUCUGCAGUUCAACGCAUUGACCAUAAGGGUGCAGCAGAGCACUCACGAAACAACCCAAGUGAUCAUUUUCCACUAUCUUCGAGGACAACAAAACUAAAUCCUCCCAAUAAUGUUCCCCAAAUUGGUUCCAAACCCAUCCCAGGUUUCCAAACCCUUUCCUUUUCCUCUGAGUUCAUAACUGAACCUAAACUGGGAAAUGUGGAGGAAAUUCCCAGCGCAGAAUCCGAUGCCCUGAGUGCAGCUUUCCACAGCUUGGGGUUUGGUGACAAUUCAAAAGCUCUUAAAGAAGAACGUGACCACCUGGAGGAUGAGCUUGAGCACAUAAAAGCAGAACUGCAGGCGAUGACUCAGGAGAAUGCUGAAAUAAAGUUACAACUCAGGAGAGAGACUGAAAAACAACAAAGUGCAAAAGCUCAGUUGUCAUCAGAAGAAAGGAUUAUCACACCUGCCACCUGUGAUCUAGAUCAUCCUCUUCCAUUAAAUUCUGCCGGAGAUGAUGCAGUUUUUGACCUUGCACAAAGUGAGCUCAUCCUAGCCCUGAAUCAGGAAAACCGGGCUUUGGCAGAUAGGAUCCAAGAGCUGCAGACUCACAUUGAACUCAGAGAAGAGGAGAUGAAAACGGAGCAAACACACCUGAGGGAGUGCAUUCGUCGGCUGGAGGAGGAUGUUGUCAGGUUGGAGCAGGAGAACCAAGAACAAGUCAGUUUGAUCUCAGAACUCACCAGGAAGACUGAAGAUGAUCUGAAUACCAUUAUGGAGCUUCGGCAAAAAUUUGAAGAGAGCAAAGAGAAACCACAGGGUAGCCAGCACCGCAGAUCUCUGUGGCAAAAUGAACACGACACUGAAAUACCAGGAUGCCUCCAACAGGAAAAACAAAAAGAAUGUGUGGACAGCUUAGUAGAAAAUAUGCUUAAAGAAGAUAAAGAAACACAGUUGAGUUUCAGUCAAGAAACUGGCAGAUUGACCACAGCCUCCUCGUCUGGCUGUCAGCAAAACAUUCAGCGUGACUCAUUACAAAACUGCUCUCAGAACAGCCUGCAUGUUAGUUCUUUGACAGAUGAAGUAGCCCAGCUCAACAACUCAAUCCAGAGCCUCAAAACCGAACAAAAAGAGCUGACAGCCAACAUCAGUUCUCUUCAAGAAGAGCAGAAAGAAGUCGCUUUGUCACUCCAAAGACAAAUGGAAGAAAAACAGCAGCUAACUCGCUCAGUAUGGGCGCUGAAGGAGCAGAAAGAUUGCAUCUUUCAGUCUCUACAUGGACUUAAACAAGAGAAAGAGCAGCUGAGCAGGGUUGUCUGCAGUCUGAGGGAUGAAAAAGAUCAGUACACAAGGUCCAACAGUGGCCUUAAAGAAGAGAAAGAGGAACUAAAUCUGUUGUUAUCUGCUCUUCAAAGAGAUAAAGAUGUGAUAAAAGAAUCCAUUUUAAGUGGUGAAGAAGAGAGGGAUCGGAUCAUAAAGUCUCUGCAGAGUUUACAGACAGAAAACGAGCAGCUAAGCCAAUCUGUUCUUCAUUUGAAUGAACAGCGAGACAAAAUAGAAGAGUCCCUUAAGAGUCUCACAGAACAGAGAGACCAGAAGGAACUAACUCACACUUUAAAAGAGGAGCGUGACCAGCUAAUAAUAUCUGUCAGCGGUUUGAAAGAAGAAAAGGAAAAAGUCGAGCAAUCAAUCAUCUGUUUAAAGGAAGAGCAAAGAAACAUAAAGCAAAUAAUCCUGAGUUUACAAGAGGACAGGUGCAGCCUUCAAUUGCAAGCUGAGAAGACCCAUCAUGAAUUAAGUCUAAGAAAUGAUAAUAUGACAAAGAGAACAGAGAAAGGGGAUGAUGCUCCAGGAUGUGAGACCAGUAACAAUAGAGGAAAGUCUGUGAAGAAUGUAAGUGACCUGAUGAGGGAAAUUGAAGAUUUGGGAGACGCAUUAAAGAAGUCAAGAGAAGAAGUGGGAAAGAAUCAUGCAGAGAUAAGAAAGCUGCAUACUGACCUGUCCCAGUCAGAAGCCAGGCGUGAAGCAGUAGAAAAAAAGUUAGCUGAUCAGAUCAUGAAACUGACAGAAUCAGCCAGUCAGAGGGAAGACAUCAUGAAGGAAAAUGAGACCCUCACACUGCAGGUGAAGGAGCUGCAGGAUAAAAUGAUGGUCCUGCUCACAGAGAAGACUGAUGCUUUGUCUCUUAAGGCACAAACAGACGAACACCAUCACAUCCUUUCUGCUCAGCUCAAAGCUAAGACUGUGGCUCUGGAGGAGCUGAACUCAGAGUACAUCGCUCUGAAACGAGGACGGGGCAGGAGGGACGAUCAGACCGCUGCGCUCGUCUCCCUCAGAGCACGCUAUAAUGACAUCAGAGCUAAGUAUGAUGCACUUCUUAAAAGAAAAAGCCAAACUGAUCUGGAUGUAGCUCCCUUAAAGGCCAAGCUGUCUUGCCUGGUGGUGAAGUGUCAGGAGAGAAACAUCUUGUUAGCUGAGAUGAUGAAGUCCAUGCACAGAGAUGGCAGUCUGGAGCCCAGGCUGACGCAGCAGGCCGAGCAUCUGCUCAGUGAUGCUGCUCUGCAGGAUUACACUGCUGCAUUCUCACCAGAAAGCAAAAUACAACGCAGAGAGCACAAUCGUGAUUUUACACAUUUCUUUUCAGCAUUUCAAGGCUGCAACAAGGGAAUCCUGCCUGACCCAACCUGCCCAGUUGUGUCAAACUGUUUGAUUACGCAUCAAAAUAAAGUCUCAGCUGAAUCUGGAGUUCAGUGUGGUGAAAGUGAAAAACACUCUUUGAUAUUUGCUAGAGAAACUUCAGCAAAUCCCCAGGACUGCUGGAAAGUUGCACCUGCAGCAGCAGAAACACUGAAGGAAACCCCUCCUGGGUCAGUGUCUCCUUCAAGUUCUGGGGUGUCCUCUGUUGUCCCAUUAAAGGAGAUCUUCUCCACAAACAACCCCCAGCCAUCUCCUGUCACCGCAUCACUCGAAGCAUCUAGCCGACCAGAGAAUAUCAACUUUCUUGAUUUGGAGGUGAAAGACAAACACUCCUCAGAUACAGCCAAGGUGGGAAUACACUUGCAUGGUCCUCCGUCAGCGUCCUCAAGCACACGGGUCAGUCCCAGCAGGAGACUCAGCAGUCCUGAGAAGAUUCUCAACCUGCAAGAAGAACUGCAGAAGACACUGAUGGACAGCUUUCAGGCACCAGAGAGAAGAGGGCGAGGAAAGCAUUCUCAGAGAAAUCGCUCACCUUCAGCACCUGCAGACCAAAACUCACCCAAACCUUUCAGUGUUAAAUGUACUGACUCUCUGCCAGUCUCACAAUUUUGUUUCCACACUGAACACUCCCCAGACGUAGCUACUAAUUCUGACACUUCUAAGAAAUCACCAACACUGUUUAAUGCAGUCACAUCUCGGUCUACUAAUGCCAAAUUAAGUCCAAGCAUGUUCACUUCCUGCCACCUUAAAGCAGACAGGUCUAAAAGUCAAGAACUUGUAAUAUGUCCUGAUUUUUCUCUCAAGUCUGCGACUCACAGAAAAGACGGCUCCAUCUCUAGUGAUGACACCAAGUUAUUCACGCACACAAAGAAGAUAGAAAAGAAACCCAUCCCCAUGCUUGAUUUAUCUGACAUUACACAAACGAAUCCACUCAAUACAUACUGUAGUCAGUCUGCUCGUUUCUCUCCUGAGAAAUCCCACAAGGCUGCUACGCAUUCCACUGCUGCAUUGGAAAAUGCUUCAAGACCCAGACCAGAAGCUCCAGCGGAGGUUCGCUCUGUUGAGGUUAUUAAAACAGUGGGACAAAGCAGUCUUUUGAUUGGCUGGGAGAGGCCUCCUCUUGACGAGCUCGGCUGCAGCAACGACACUUUUGUGUAUGGCUACAGGGUGUUUGUCAACAAGGAAUUUCAUAAAUCUGUCCUGAGCUCAGCGUGUACCAAGUGUAUUCUGGAGAACAUCAACUUGAGUGAACCUGUCCACAUUGGUGUUCAGACUCUGGGCUCUAAUGGACUCCACUCUGACACCGUCUGCGCCCUUUAUUUCAGCUCAAAAAGAGAAGAGUGACCCUCGUUCUAACCUCUAAGUGGGACAGAACAGCAGUUCACAGCCAUCUAUACCUGCAGUCCCCUGCGGGAGCGUCCAGCCCUCAACCUUACUUAAGUUAACUCUGCUGGAACAACGGUGCUGUUGGGAGAAUCAGGCUGGCCAAUCAGAGGAAAGACAUCCAGCACUGUUUUUACCUGCCAGUAAGCAUUUGGCAACCUGAAGCCGAAGGCUAAACCUCAAAGCAGUUACAUGAAGAUGUCAAAGGAAGUUCUGUGAGCUUUCUGCCACUGCAAUCAAAUGUAAUUUCCUGUAAAAAAAUAAAACUUGUGCCUUUCAUGUUGAAGUAAGACCUGCAGAACCUUUUAGAAAAGGUGUUGUGACAACAUGAAAGUCAGCUGUGACUGCCAACAAAACGUGUUCUAAAAACCAACCAAGUGUUGUCAAGGUAAACAUGCAUUAUUGACUUUGUUCACGGAUAUGUUGGAGUGACAUCUUCAUCUUGUAUGCUGUGUGGACCUUAUGCUACAUUCAAGAGCUCCGCUGAUGCCUCUGGACUCUGAAGCUGAACAUCCAGCUAAAGCAACAUUAAAGACCCGUGGACUGAAAACACAUCAGACGUGAUGAUCAUACUACUUGAUUUUUAUACAUGAAGCCAAAUAUAUUUCAAUGACUAUUCACUCCAAAGACUUGUUUACUCUUUGGAGUGAACAAGACCACCGGAUAUAUAAAACUAUAAACAUUUGCACACAGGGAACUACUUAGGUCUUUAAAAAGAAAGUUUAAAAAUCACUGAUAUUUUUUUGUAGAGAAUAUUAUCAAAACAUAUGCCAGUAUACUGUACCUCACACUGUAUGUCUUCUUGUAUGGAUGGCACUUCAAACUUAAUGUUUGCACUCAAGAGUUUUGUUCCUUUUUUAAAUGUUCACAACACAGUAUAUUGUUUUGCUACAGGCUAUAAGUGUGUGUGAAGUGGACUCUUUGCGGCAAAGGUAUUUUUCUAUUAGUUAUUAAUGUUGAGUUCCCACAGAUUCAUUCUUACUGUACCAAGAAUAAACAUUUAUAAGAUAGUAAAUACCCGGAUGUUUGUGUGCCUGUCUAUGUACCACAAAAACUUCUUACUAUUCACAAAUAAAAACAUAAUUAUUGAGGUAAAA